GGAGGAUAAACUGAGCGGACAAAGAUGUAAAUAAAAACAGGCGUCCCGCAGCUUCGCCUGACUUUUUGGAUCAAUCAGACAGACAGUGGCUUCUUUUGAUUAAGCCUCAAAUUGUCAUUGGACAGAGGUAAUCAUGUGACAGGCAAUUCGGUCCAAUUUCAACCUUGUCUCCAUGAAUUCAAUAGUUUAAUAGUAGCUCGGUCCCCACACGGCCGUAAUCAGUGAAAUAGAACCAAAAAAAAUAAAAACCCAACCACGAGAUUUUUCUACAUGAUUUUUUUUUCUUUCCUCGUCCUCACUGAGCCGCAACAUUUAUAAAAAUACGCGUGCAAACUUUCCUCGGCUCUCAGGGAGCGGAGAUGAAUUACGAAUUCGAGCGAGAGAGCGGUUUUAUCAAUAGUCAGCCGUCGCUUGCUGAGUGCCUGACAUCUUUCCCCCCUGUCGCUGAUUCAUUUCAAAGUUCAUCAAUCAAGAGCUCGACGCUUUCACGCCCGACACUGAUUCCUCCUCCCUUUGAGCAGACCAUUCCCAGCCUGAACCCGGGCAGCCAUCCGCGCCACGGCCGGCCUAGGCACAGCCCCGACGGAUGCAGCCAGCUACCCACCGCCUCCCUACCCCCGGAGUACCCUUGGAUGCGGGAGAAGAAAGCCUCCAAGAGGAACCACCUGCCAACCUCCACCGCUACCACCAUCUCCAAUGGACCCGUGUGUUUUUCUCCAAAAGGCUCGCCUGAGAUUGUGGAGAGCGGCGGCGGCGGCGGCGGGGGAGGAGGAGGAGGAGGCUCCCGGCGGCUGAGGACGGCGUACACCAACACCCAGCUGCUGGAGCUGGAGAAGGAGUUCCACUUCAACAAGUAUCUGUGUCGGCCGAGGAGGGUGGAAAUAGCCGCUCUGCUGGACCUGACCGAGAGGCAGGUCAAGGUCUGGUUCCAGAACCGACGCAUGAAGCACAAGCGCCAGACCCAGAGCAAGGAGAACCACAACGGGGACGGGAAAGGCGCCGGAGCCGAGGACAGCAUCCACAGCGAGGAGGAGGAGGAGGAGGACGAGGCCCCGCAGCUGUACGAGCGGAGUGGGGCCCUGCUGGAAAGAGAUACCUGCUCCUUUCAAAACAACUCUCUGGCCUCGUCACAGCAGCUUCACAAUGGAGAGUCCCUGCACGGCUUUGCUGCUGCGCCGCUGAACAGCAAUGACAAAAAUCUGAAACAUUUUCCCAACCCGUCACCCACUGUUCCGGGCUGCAUGUCAACAAUGGGCCCCGGCUCGGCAUCUGACCCGGACAAUGGCGACAGUCCCCCGGCCCUGGAUGUUUCUAUACACGACUUUCAGCCUUUCUCCUCGGAUUCCUGCCUACAACUUUCCGACGCGGCCUCGCCGAGCUUGUCAGAAUCUCUGGACAGCCCGGUGGACAUUUCCACGGACACUUUCUAUUUUUUCUCGGAGUCUCUAACUACAAUCGACCUGCAGCAUCUGAACUAUUAAUUCACACCAAUCAGAGUAACCAUUUUUUUGAGGGGGUAAGAUGGACAAUAAAUAUCAGGCUAGAAUGGUGUUACCUCGGGUGUUGUUUGUAAAUUCGGCACAUUUAUUCUCUUGAUUUUCUUUCUUUUUUUUCUUUGACUUGACAGUUUAUUCAAGGUAAGGACGGACUUGUCUCGUUGAAGUAGCUCUUCUUCAGAAAGUGGCUUGUAAUUACCAUAAGAAAUCGAUCUCUUGGAAUGGAAAUUAUGAGUGUAUGUGAAUAAUGAUACAAUAUUAGGCCUAUGGAACCUGGUCGUUUUUAUUUUUGUAUAGCUCCCAACGUCUUGGAUAUUUUUGUUAGAAUACAAUUAACUUGCUACAAUCCCUUUU